AUGAGUAGUGAAACGGUGUCGUUGAAGAAGACAAAGAAGAAGGAUGGUUUAGGGUGGAUGGUUUGGUUAAGAGGAUGGGUUAAUGUUUUGCAAGAGAUUCUUUUGCAAAGAAUAAUGGCUUCUCACUUACAAAACCCAUUUCCUCUUCCUUCUCUUAACCACCUAACAUGCAUUGUCACUGGCUCCACUAGUGGCAUUGGCUCAGAGACCGCUAGGCAGCUUGCAGAGGCUGGUGCUCAUGUUGUUAUGGCCGUAAGGAACAUUAAAGCUGCUCAUGAGCUCAUUCAACAAUGGCAGACCAAGUGGUCUCAUAGUGGUGAGAGCCUUCCACUUAAUAUUCAGGCGAUGGAACUUGAUCUUCUCUCUCUAGAUUCCGUUGUCAGAUUUAGCAAUGCGUGGAACGCACGGUUAGGCCCUUUGCAUGUUCUGAUUAACAAUGCCGGCAUGUUUUCUAUGGGAGGGGCACAAAAGUUCUCAAAAGAUGGAUAUGAAGAGCAUUUGCAAGUGAACCAUUUAGCUCCAUCUCUGCUUUCACUACUCCUAUUGCCUUCGCUCAUCCGUGCUUCCGGAAGUCGAAUCAUUAAUGUCAAUUCUGUUAUGCAUUAUGUUGGUUUUGUCGAUCCAGAUGAUAUGAAUGUUGUUUCUGGUAAAAGAAAGUUUUCAAGCUUUAUAGGAUAUUCAAGCAGCAAACUAGCUCAGGUUAUGUUUAACAAUGUUCUUUUUAAAAAACUGCCUUUGGAAACCGGCAUCAGCGUCGUUUGUUUAUCCCCUGGAGCUGUCCAAACCAAUGUUACUAGAGAUCUUCCAAGACUUGUUCAAGAUCUUUACAUUGCCUUGCCUUACUUCAUUUUUUCGCCACAAGAAGGUUGUAGAAGCUCACUUUUCUCGGCGACAUAUCCUCAAAUUCCAAAAUACUGCGAAACGUUGAAAACCGAUGAUAAAUCUGUUUGCGCAUUCAUAUCUCAAUAUUGUCAACCCAUAGAUUCUUCAGAAGAAGCUCAAAACGAAGAAACGUCGAACAAAGUUUGGGAGAAGACAAUAGAGUUGAUCGGUCUUCCUGUCGACACAUUGGAAAGACUUAUAAAAGGAGAAGAAGUCCAAUGUCAUCAUGGAGCAUUGGAACUUACUAACAAAAAAUCUUUCGAAAAUACUAUUGCUGCUACCGUUACAUGCACUAACGCCGUUUGUCGCCGUGACGACCCAAUCAUCCGUUUUCCUUUCCGUUUAAAAUCCAAACAACCAACAUCUUGCCGUUACGACUCAGGAUUCGAUUUAACGUGCGAUCAUAACGCCGUUAACCGGACCACCAUAACGCUAGCGUUUUCCGGUAAAUUCACCGUCGAGGAGAUCGAUUACGCAGCUCAAGAGAUUUGGAUCAACGACCCAAACAACUGUCUUCCUCAACGGAUCUUAACGUUAAACCUCUCUACGACGCCGUUUAGUGGCGUUUACUCACGUCGUUUCACCUUUUUCAACUGCCCGACUUCAGAGUAUCUCCGUUUCAGGCCGUUAAAUCCCAUUACGUGUUUGAGCGGUAAAAACAGCACGGUGUUUGCUACUGCCUCGCCUAGAGUGGUGAACUACUUGUCGUCUCAAUCAUGCCUGUUAAUGAAAACCGUUGAGGUUCCGGUUCGUUGGCCGUUUUAUGAGCAAAUCGUGUCGUCUUCGGAUUUGAGUGAUAACCUUUGGCUCACUUGGAGGGUUCCGAGAUGUAGUGAGUGUGAGAUUAGAGGUGGCAAGUGUGGGAUUAAGAGUAAUUCCUCUCGUGAAAUAAUUUGCUCUGGUGCUCAUCAUAAACCAGAUAUUCCGAGGGGAGCUCAUUAUGCAAUAGCCAUCGGUGCCGGAAUCCCUGGAACGUUAAUCCUUUUUGGUCUUCUAUGUUUCGUUUACAGCAAAAUCAACUCCUGCAUCAAACGACGUCGUCUUGUUCCAAGCUUGGAAACAAACGAUACUCAAGCUCAUUCUUCACAGUCCAAUAUCAUAAUAAUGGGCCUAGAUGGGCCAACCAUAGAAUCGUAUCCAAAAAUAGUAUUGGGAGAGAGCAAAAGGUUGCCCAAAGUAGACGAUGCCACGUGUCCUAUCUGUCUCUCAGAGUACGAGCCAAAGGAGACGCUUAGGACGAUACCAUUGUGUCAACACUGUUUUCACGCAGACUGCAUCGACGAGUGGCUGAAAUUAAACGGGACUUGUCCGGUGUGUCGGAAUUCUCCGGAACAGCAUGAAAAUGUUGAUUCUUAG